AUGGAAUUCGACAUUGAUGACAUGUUGGGUACAGUCACCCACAGGGGCAUUGAAGCAAACCCAGAGCAGGUGAGAGUGAUCCAGGUGAUACCUUCACCUCGCAACGUCAAGGAGGUGCAAAGGCUGACAGGAAGGAUGGCUGCUUUGAGCAGUGCGGUCCUGGUAAGGGAAGAAGGAAGAAAACAGCAUCCUAUCUACUACGUGAGCAAGUCUUUACUAGACGCGGAGACCCGCUAUAGUCACCUCGAGAAUCUGGCCAUUGCCUUAGUUAAUGCUGCCCUAAAGCUACGUCCCUACUUCCAGGCUCAUCGAAUCGUGGUAGUCACCUCCUUUCCCAUCAAGGCUGUUCUGCAUAAGCCAGAAGUGUCUGGACGACUAGCAAAAUGGGGUAUAGAGCUGGGGGAAUACGACGUGAUCUUCCGGCCUGCAAUAGCCAUCAAAUCGCAAGUCCUGGCAGAUUUCGUAGCUGAAUUCUCUCCUGCCAUACUUCCAGCCCUGGAACAAGAGGUAAAGCUCCGUAAUAGCGAAGGGGAGAAAGUCGAAUGGACACUGUACGUUGAUGGCUCUAGUAACGUAAGGGGCGCAGGCAUGGGACUAGUCCUAACUUCCCCCACGGGAGAAUCAGCCUCAAGGGCCGUAUGUUGCAACUUCAAAUCAACGAACAACGAAGCUGAAUAUGAAGCUGUAAUAGCAGGGCUGACACUUGCCAAACAGAUGGGGGUGGAAGAUAUCCAGGUCUUCAGCGACUCACAACUGAUCAUAAGCCAAGUCCAAGGAGAUUAUCAGGCGAAAGAUCCGAGUAUGAUUAGAUACCUAUCCGUGGCUAAGCGACUACUCGACAUGUUCCGACAUUGUAACCUCACACAUAUCCCUAGGGAGCACAACUCCCAGGCUGACGCUCUAGCUAACCUAGGGUCCGCCCUAGAAACUACGAGUCAUAUGAGCAUCCCACUACGGGUACUCCAAUGGCCCGCGACCGAAAAGGAGAUGGAAUCUGAAGAAGUAUCUGUGGUAGACGAAGGAGAGACCUGGAUGACACCCAUCAUCAACUAUCUAAGGUACGACACCUUGCCCGAAGAUCGAGACGAAAGUCGGAAGAUAAGGCGCCAAGCUGUAAGGUAUUGCUUUUCUGAGUGGAAACUAUACCGAAGAUCCUUUUUAGGAACCUACCUACGAUGUCUUACCCCUAGAGAAGCCACCAGGAUACUAGAAGAGCUUCAUGAAGGAGAAUGUGGUUCCCAUUCUAGUGGUCGGAGCUUGGUACUCAGAGCUAGAAGGGCAGGGUACUAUUGGCCAACCAUGGCAGGGUCUCCCUCAAACAAGCCAAGCUGUGUAGCCAAUACCAGAAGCACGCGCCGAUCUCCAACCUUUCACCAGAGAAUCUCAAAUCCUUAA